AUUGUGUCGUAUAUAACAAGCUUCCAAUCCAUACCUGUACCAGUUCAACCUCCGACGACCAUUCAAACAGUUCAUCAACAGAUUACUCGUCAUCACAUCUUUGCCCAUUCCGAUUACAACGAAAGACAUGGCUGUUUCCCAGAACGAGGAUAACACUAAAAAAGGUCUUCAAACCUUGGAAGAAAGUCUCUCUGAGAUGCCCUUGAACAUGCGGCUUUUCUCACUCUCGAUGCGUUCUUUGUAUGCUGACAAAGCAGUUGGAGGGGGCAGCCAAGCUGCUGUAGACUUCCGAAAGCUCCGUGACAACACACGGGACGACGCGAUGGUUUAUCUGAAAGGAGUGCUUCCGGUGGCCACCAAGUUCGUUUCAAACAUCAGUGAGUUCUUUGAGUUUUACACUGCUCUUUCGUACGAAGAAUGGUGCGACAUGUUGAAAGAUAUUCAACAGGAAAUAACCUGCUAUAAGGGACUUGCUGAGGUCCUUGUCAAAAUGCACGAAGAUAUAAUGGUACCACUGAAGAAAAGAGAAGACGAAGCCACAGUGAUUGUCAAGUCACUCCAAAACCUUCAAGAGGAGUACGACAAGAAAAGAAAAGAACUCGAAAGUACCGCCGAAACGAAGAGAGGGUGGGCAAUUGGGCUGUCAUUUGUUCCCUUUAUAGGCGCUAUAGCAGGCCCAGUGCUAGCUGCGUCCGCAAGCAGUGACCUCGCAGAAGCAGUCGCUAAAGGAGAAGAGUGCUACAUCCAGGAAAGAGCCGCCAUUGCGAUCAAGGAAUGUCUCGUCCCUGCCCUCAAAAACUUCAUCGGUGGUCUUGAGGCUGCAGCCGGUUUCUUUUCCGUCAUGGAGAGUGAGCUGGCGAAGUUUGAGGGCAAAGCCAACAAAGCCUUAGAAAAUAAACUGAUGCUUCAUUACAAAGUGAUGAAGAAAGAAGCCGAAAAGAUGGAUGGGUUGUGCAUGAAAUUCCACGCUGUUCUACCGGCCGUCCGUACUGAUUUUCUCGCGAUCCCUACGACUGGAACCGACAAGUCCUACGUCGAUAAGUGGCUUGAAGAGCAGAAGAAGGUCAUCAAAAGUAAGCUAAAAGAUAAGGCUGUGGGUAUCUUGAAAGCCAUCAGAGAUUAUGACCCUGCUUCUUAAAAGUAAAAUUGACGAAGUAGAAAGGAAUAUGACGCGCUGAUAUAAAAUCAUCAACAGGGCCUAUAUUACUUUUGAACAUUAUGUCAAAAUCUAUCAGGAAUUCAUGUUUUUGUACUAAAAAUGUCAAGGUUUUCUAGUUUGAAACUGUUUAGAAAUUCUAUCCCGUAUUGGUACAUCUGGCCUCUUCGAAAUUUUUGGCUCAUUACUUUUUGGUUUGGUGGACCAUUUCCACUCAAAUGAAUUCUUUUUUAGAACUUUUUUUGUUAAUUGCAUGUUGUAUUCAGCACUUUAAUAGGGGUGGCUGUAACUCAAAACAUGACAGUGCACCUGUAAUUUCUCCUAGGGGGGAUGUGGCAAAACAGAUCAGUCCGUUUUCAAAUCUUGGUCUCUUUGAGUUGCAUUCAAAACAUAUUGUUUGAAGAUGCAAAUAUUUGUAUAUAUUAUGUCGCUUUACAUCGCAUCGUAUUUUGUAAUGAUAAAUUCAAUCAGUUUGGUAUCAUACAGACAAGAAUAUGCUGGUAUGUGCUAGAGGCACCUUCUUUACAAAAGAAUUACAAACAUAUCAUAUUAUUUUGCUGAAGUGUCUAACUUUUGUAUCAGAAUAGAAUACACUUAUUUUUCUUUCAUUUCUUAAGAUACAAUGUCUUGAAGUUCUACUUGGUGUUAUUGACAAUUGUUACGAUACUGCAACAAAUAACAAGUGUUUAAUUUCCUCUUUGUGUUUAAUUUCCUCUUUUUUUAUUACAGGA